AUGCAGCUUCACAUAUCACCCAGCUUGAGGCAUGUAACUGUGUUUCCAGGGAAGGGAGUUAGAGAAUUCAUCAAAGUGAAAGUUGGGUCGAGGCGGCUUUCGUACCGGAUGCUCUUCUACUCCAUUCUCUUCUUCACAUUUCUUCUCAGGUUUGUGUUUGUUAUGACAGCAGUGGACACCAUUGACGGAGAACGCAAGUGCUCCACAAUAGGUUGCUUGGGGAAAAGACUAGGACCCAAGAUUUUGGGAAGAAGGCUUGACUCUACUGUCCCAGAAGUGAUAUACCAAAUAUUAGAAGAACCCAUCGGCAAAGAUGAAUUACAAGGAAGAUCUGAUAUUCCUCAGUCCUUGGACGAAUUUAUGGCUGAGAUAAAGGAAGGCAAAUCAGAUGCAAAGACCUUUGCUGUCAAGCUCAGAGAUAUGGUCACACUUCUUGAGCAGAGAACAAGAAAUGCCAAAAUCCAAGAGUACUUGUACCGGCAUGUAGCAUCAAGCAGCAUACCUAAACAGCUUCAUUGCCUGGCCUUGAGGUUAGCCAAUGAGCAUGCCUCCAACGCAGCUGCUCGCCUCCAGCUCCCUUCUGCUGAACUCGUCCCCGCCCUUGUUGACAACUCCUACUUCCAUUUUGUCCUCGCCUCAGAUAAUGUGCUCGCCGCCUCUGUCGUUGCCACUUCGCUUGUCCGUAACUCAUUGCGCCCUCACAAAGUUGUCCUUCACAUAAUUACAGACAGGAAGACAUAUUAUCCCAUGCAAGCAUGGUUUUCUUUGCAUCCCUUAUCGCCUGCUAUAAUUGAGGUCAAGGCAUUGCACCAUUUUGAUUGGUUUACAAAGGGGAAGGUGCCAGUGUUGGAAGCAAUGGAGAAAGACCAAAAAGUGAGAUCGCAGUUUAGAGGAGGGUCAUCAGCCAUUGUGGCAAACAAUACAGAUAAGCCUAAUGUCAUUGCAGCAAAGUUGCAGGCACUUAGUCCCAAGUACAACUCAGUGAUGAACCAUAUCAGAAUACAUCUACCAGAGAUGUUUCCUAGUCUCGAUAAGGUAGUGUUCUUGGAUGACGAUAUAGUAGUCCAAACGGAUCUUUCACCGUUAUGGGAUAUCGAUAUGAAUGGAAAGGUCAACGGAGCAGUUGAAACAUGCAGGGGAGAAGAUAACUUUGUGAUGUCAAAGCGGCUCAAGAGUUAUCUGAACUUCUCUCAUCCUUUGAUAUCGAACAAUUUCAAUCCCAAUUCAUGUGCAUGGGCUUAUGGCAUGAACAUCUUUGAUCUAGACGCUUGGAGGAAAACCAACAUAAGCCUUACAUACCACUAUUGGCUUGAACAGAACUUGAAAUCAGACCUGAGCCUGUGGCAGCUAGGAACAUUACCCCCCGGCCUAAUAGCAUUCCACGGCCAUGUCCAUGUUAUUGAUCCGUUUUGGCACAUGUUGGGACUGGGAUAUCAGGAAAACACAAGUUCUGCUGAUGUUAAGAGUGCUGGUGUCAUCCAUUUCAAUGGGAGAGCAAAGCCUUGGCUAGAGAUUGCUUUUCCGAAACUUCGGCCAUUUUGGGCAAAAUAUGUCGACUUCUCAGAUAAAUUCAUCAAGAGCUGUCAUAUAAGGGCAUCCUAG